GCUACGCCUCCCACCGUGGCGGCGCCAUGGCGGCCUGUGGGUUCCCGGCGCUGGCUAGAGCGACGCUAGGGAGGCCACCGCCUGGGGCUGAAGGCUUCCGACAGCAGCCGAGCUCAGCCCUCAGCUCGGCUUCCGAAGGAGCCGGCGGCGGCUCCGGUUCAGGCUCGCGGGGGGCGCCCGAAGGAGAGCCGAGGCAUCCGGCGAGCCAAGAGUUAACCGCGGCCGAGCGGCACAUCGCCGGGCUGCACGAGGCCGCCUGCGCGGCUGGCCAGCUAAGCUAUGUGGACCCAGCAACAGGGUACGUGGUGUUCACAAGGCUGGCCCACUUGCAGAGAGGUGCCUGCUGCGGUUCUGCCUGCAGACACUGUCCAUAUGGCCAAGUCAAUGUGAAAGAUCCAUCUAAAAGGAAGCAAUUCAACUCCUAUUUUUAUGUUUGACAACAACUUUAUCUCUGUUCUGUCUAGUUGAACUUACGUUUUUGAAAAUAAAGUCUUAGCCUGGAAUUCUUA